GCGCGGCGGCGCGGGGUGCUGGCGGGCUCGGCGGAGGCGCUGCGCGGACGUGGCCGGCGCCGGCCCGGGGCUCGCCGCCCGUAGCCAUGACCCCCGCAGGCCGUCCUCCGGCCCUGGCUCGCGGCGUCUAGUGCCCCCACGCAGUCGCGCGCAGCUGCGGGAGAGCCAGCCGCUACCCCUCCGCCCCGUCGUCGUCGCCCUUGGCGCCUUAUCGCCCUCUCCCCGGAGCCCGGAGCAGCGCGGGCGGCCGGCGGCCCCGUGCAAACUGGGGGUGUCUGCUGGAGCAGCCCCCCGCGCCGCCGCCGCCGCCGCCCCCGGCUCUGGCCAUGGCCUGGCGGGGCGCAGGGCUGCGCGUCCUGGGGGGCCCCGGGGGCGUCGGGCUCAGUCCGCGGCGGCUUCUGCUGCUGCUGCUGCUGGUGGGGCCGGCGCGGGGCUUCGGGGACGAGGAGGAGAGGCGCUGCGACCCCAUCCGCAUCUCCAUGUGCCAGAACCUGGGCUACAACGUGACCAAGAUGCCCAACCUGGUGGGGCACGAGCUGCAGACGGACGCCGAGCUGCAGCUGACCACCUUCACGCCGCUCAUCCAGUACGGCUGCUCCAGCCAGCUGCAGUUCUUCCUUUGUUCCGUGUAUGUGCCCAUGUGUACGGAGAAGGUCAACAUCCCCAUCGGGCCCUGUGGCGGGAUGUGCCUUUCAGUCAAGAGACGCUGCGAGCCUGUGCUGAAGGAGUUUGGCUUUGCCUGGCCGGAGAGCCUAAACUGCAGCAAAUUCCCGCCCCAGAACGACCACAACCACAUGUGCAUGGAAGGGCCAGGUGAUGAGGAAGUGCCCUUGCCUCACAAAACCCCCAUUCAGCCCGGGGAAGAGUGCCACUCCGUGGGAACCAACUCGGAUCAGUACAUCUGGGUGAAAAGGAGCCUGAACUGCGUUCUCAAGUGUGGUUAUGACGCCGGCUUGUAUAGCCGCUCGGCCAAGGAGUUCACCGACGUCUGGAUGGCCGUGUGGGCCAGCCUGUGCUUCAUCUCCACCGCCUUCACUGUGCUCACCUUCCUGAUCGACUCUUCCAGGUUUUCCUACCCGGAGCGCCCCAUCAUCUUUCUCAGUAUGUGCUAUAAUAUUUAUAGCAUUGCUUAUAUUGUCAGGCUGACUGUAGGCCGGGAAAGGAUAUCCUGCGAUUUUGAAGAGGCAGCAGAACCUGUUCUCAUUCAAGAAGGCCUUAAGAACACAGGAUGUGCAAUCAUUUUCUUGCUGAUGUACUUUUUUGGAAUGGCCAGUUCCAUCUGGUGGGUUAUUCUGACGCUCACUUGGUUUUUGGCAGCGGGACUCAAAUGGGGUCAUGAAGCCAUCGAAAUGCACAGCUCUUAUUUCCACAUCGCAGCCUGGGCCAUCCCCGCGGUGAAAACCAUUGUCAUCUUGAUUAUGAGACUGGUGGACGCAGACGAGCUGACUGGCCUGUGCUACGUGGGGAACCAGAACCUGGAUGCGCUCACGGGCUUUGUGGUGGCCCCGCUGUUCACCUACCUGGUGAUUGGGACUUUGUUCAUUGCUGCGGGGUUGGUGGCCUUGUUCAAAAUUCGGUCAAAUCUCCAAAAGGACGGGACGAAGACAGACAAGCUGGAAAGGCUGAUGGUGAAGAUUGGGGUCUUCUCGGUCCUGUACACCGUGCCUGCAACCUGCGUGAUUGCCUGUUAUUUCUAUGAAAUCUCCAACUGGGCGCUCUUCCGGUAUUCCACAGAUGACUCCAACAUGGCGGUGGAAAUGUUGAAAAUCUUUAUGUCUUUGCUGGUGGGCAUCACUUCGGGCAUGUGGAUUUGGUCUGCCAAAACUCUGCACACGUGGCAGAAGUGUUCCAACAGAUUGGUGAAUUCUGGGAAGGUAAAGAGAGAGAAAAGAGGGAAUGGUUGGGUGAAGCCUGGGAGAGGCAAUGAGACUGUGGUAUAAGGCUAGCCAGCCUCCACGCUUUCCAGAUUUUGAAGGGGGAAUGCCAGCAUUGGGGUGCAAGUGCUACUAAAAAGCUUCAUGCAGUGAAUCUCAGUUUGAACAAACUAGCAACACUUCAGUGACCCCCCCCCCCCACCAAUAACCCACCACCACUCUCCCCCCUCCCGCUGCCCAUCUGCGCCCAGCAUCGUAAAACUAGUGAUUUUGCUGCAGACUUUGGAAUGAUCCAAAAUGGAAAAGCCAGUAAGAGGCUUUCAAAGCUGUGAAAAAUCAAAACAUUGAUCACUUGAGCAGGUCGCAGCUUGGAGCGUGGAGGUCCUCCCGAGAUUCCAGGAAGUCCAGGGGAUGCUGCUUUUCCCUACAGGGUGGGAUUUGAGCUGUGAGUAGGCAACUUACAGGGAGAAAGAUUAACUUUUUUUUUAACCCUUUAAAAGUUUUAAAUACUAACUGGGUCUUUGAGACAGCAAAGCGAUCUAUAAACACUGGAAACACUGGGUUCAGAGAAGUGUUACAAGAGUUUUAUAGUUUGGCUGAUCUAACAUAAACAUUUUCCGGGUGCACUGUCUGCUGUUUAGAACUUUGUGGAUUGCUCGCCCAAGAGGUGGUGUCAGAAUCUCUCAGUGCCUUUGUCAUAAAACAGAAUUGUUUGAACAAACAAAAGUACUGUACAAACACAUAUGAGGUAUCCCGUGGAUUUUUCUUCUCUCUCUCCCUCUUAAAUUUCAACAGCUCCGUCCUAGACCGCUGCUGUUUUCUCCAUUUUACAUUAAUGACUCAAAAUAGGUAUUUUUAUAGGAAUGUUUGCACUGCAGCGGGUCUAAUGAGGGGGGAAGGAAGGGCGAUUCACUUUCUUGACAAUCACUUAAUUCAGAGGAAAAUGAGAUCUACCAAGUCGACUUACCUUACCCACCCCAGAGACCGAUUGCAUUGAGCACCAGGGACUUAAUAUAUUUUACUUCGUGUGAUUGUAUCUAUGCAGACGCCAGUCUGGAAGAGCUAAAAUGUUACGUUUCUUGGCAACUUUGCAUUCACACAGAUUAACUGUAUAAUUUGUGUGUGUCAAUUACAAUUAAAAGCACAUUCUUGGACCAUGACUUAAUAGUUACUCAACUGACUUUAAAACUAUGGUCAGCUUGCAUUCUCAGAAUGAUAGUGCCUUUUUUUCUCUCUUUAGCAUAAGAAUGUUAUCAGAGUCUGGUCUGCUUAGCACAGUGGAGACUUUCAAUUUUGUAGAGGGGGCUAAGGACAACUAAUCCAAACUACUUGGUGCAUAAUUGUUUCCUAGUAAUUGGCAAGGGCUCCGUAUAAGAUUUCAUUGGAGGCAGUGUGGCCUGGAGUAUUUAUGUGGUGCUUAAUGAAUCUCCAGAAUACCAGCCAGGAGCUUGAUUGGUUCGUAGGGAAUAAAGUGUAGACCAUAUGAAAUGAACUGCAAACUCUUACAGCACAGGUCUUAAUUGCAUUUUGCAGGGGUAUCCAGAGCUUUUAAAAUGUAUGCUUUAUAUUCCUUGCAAGAGGGUACCCCCUAGCAGCCUCUCAAAAGUUGCAGUUCUUUUAAAAUCGUAACUGGCCUUUCUCUUCAACCCGCUGAGGUCCUCUGAUCACCAGAUCUUUGGGACAGAUUGAUGUCACAGGUUGCUGUCCUUGAAGUUCUGCUUGGUCUUUGCUUUAGCAACUUUGGGGUGAUUCUUUAUUUAUCCCUGCCCUUCCCCCCCUUUAAAACAGGUAGGAAAUCUCUUUUAUCCCAUUUCUUUGUGGAAAUGUGUCUCCAGGGACUAAAAAUUGCAAAUAGGAGUUCAGAUUAUGGAAAUAAGCAUGUCUUUGUCUGUUUAAGCUUUAUGCCCCUGGUUUGACAUUUUCCUUUCUUCUCUGUUUUGCUGUGGUUCUCGAGCUGAGAUGAAGAUGCGCCUAAGGACUGUUGCCUGUUUUGGAAGGCAGAGUCUUGGGGCCUCGCGCACAGAUGUUAAGUGGGCACUGGUGGCCCCCACUGUGUGUUCUGGGCCUGACUACCUUGGCUGGGCUCUGGGUCAGGGCUCCAGGAGCAUGAGAAAUGCUCCCCAGAAGGGCCAGUUGAACUCCAUCUCCGACUGCAUCGCCCCUGAAACGUAGAAUGUGAACUCCCUGUGCUGCUCCCAGACGGUUCCCAUAGCUGGCCGGGGCCCUGGAGCGUGCACCCAGGGGCAAAGCCUGCCCUUACUCACGCUCCUCUCCAGCGUCUUGGGAGUUGCUCGGCAACUCCGGCCGAGGAAAGGGAAGAAGGACCGAGCAGGGGUUUGCAACGCAAUUCUCUUUGUAAUGCUUCAGUGACUGGGUGACCCAGGCAAGCAUCCUAGCAGAGGGCCAGCCAUGGAGAGGGUGCUCUGUGUUUAUGAAUGAUGAAAUAGUGACAGUAAGAGUACUUGGGUGAACCUGGAUGCCCAAGUUCUGGAGCUUUCUGGGUUGUAGAAUGUCUCUUCCAUAAAUCUCUUGCCUUCUUGGGGAAGUAUAUUUGAUCGGAACUGGCCAUUGGCACACACUGGCAAUGUCACAGGAUUAUAGGUUGUUCCUUUCACAUUCUGUUUACGGUUUUAGGAAAGGAGUUUUGUGGCUGAGGAGUUAGUUAUCAGUUACCUUGAAGUGAGUUAUCAUCACCUCUUAAGUUGGUUUGAAAAAACAGUUAAUUAGCAGCACAUUUAUUGAAUGCCAGCUGCGUGUCAUGCCCUGUGUUAGGCACCUUAAGGGACAUUGGGGAGGAUCAACUCUGUUCCUCUAACCAAUCUGACCUGGUUCUGCUGAACUUUGCCAUUGGUUUCAGGAGGAGCAGGGGCUCCUGAAUUGCCACCCGUUUCACUGUCUCCAUCCCAUAAACCUCUUCCUGGGUCUUUCUAACUGUAACCCAUCAUUCCGCCCUUCCCAGGGUUCCUUGCAAAUCCAUGUACAGGGGUUUUGCCAGAAAGCAUCAACUCUGUUACAGGACAGUCUCUAUGGAAACCUCCCCGGACGAUCAUGAACCUUGCCUCCAUCUAAUGUGGCUUCCGGGGCAGGCCGUUCAGGGCUCGGGGUUUUCUAGUGACUUGCGCGUGCACGCUAAGUCACUUCUGUCAUGUCUGACUCUUUGCGACCCUGUAGGCUGUAGCCCACCAGGCUCCUCCAUCCAAAAGGAUUCUCCAGGCAAGAAUACCAGAGUGGGUUGCCAUGCCUUCAUCCAGGAGAUCUUCCCAACCCAGGGUUCAAACCCGAAUCUCCUGCAUUGGAGGCAGAUUCUUUACCACUGAGCCGCCCAGGAAGCCCAUCUAGUGACUCACAGGUGAAUUUGAGAACAGCAGCUUGCUAGGGAAAAGGUUAGGGUUCUUCCUCUUUCUCAGAAAUCCAGGAGAAGUAGGUAUAUAAUUGUAACUUCCUACAAAAUCCCUUGGCCUCGAAAAGGCCCAAGGGCACCUCUGUCAGCUUCCUCUCUGGCAGGUUCCUUUCUCCUCCUCCAUAAGGGCCACACCUCAGGGCAGAGGAACCUGGGGAGAGUGAAGCUGACCAGAACCGCCUGAUGGAGCGCCUUGGUUGAGUCAUAUCCUUUUUCCUCUGUGGAGACCCGUUUCCUGAUCCCCGAGACUGCUCCUGAACUGGCAGCUUGCUCAGGGACCUCAGCCAGGAGGAGGGACACUCAUUCAUUUCCCCGAGGUGCUCUCUGAUUUUGCUUUCCCCUGGCCCUCCGUCUCCUGCGUCCCCCAAGCCUGGACCCCAGGAAGCUUCUGUGUCUGGGUUCUGACACUACCAGUACCCCAGCUCUGUCCUCUCUGCCCCCCCCCCCCCAGCCUCCUGGCCACUGAGUUCAGUGUUGGGAACCCAGCUGAGACCUGAGGGUGUGAAGGGGGACCCCACAGCCUCAGCCCUGGAAGGCAGACUCACUUGAGAUUUCACCAGGAUGUGCACACGCCGGCUUCCCGUGAAGGGGCCACCACCGCAGCUGGAAGAGGGCUGUAGAGUGCCCCCUGGGAGGAGCCCCCAGAAUCGAUCUACAUCCUGAAUUUCAUUCCGUGAUGGGGGAAGUUGGAGAGAAUUGCUGUGCCAGCCAAUUACGUCACGUCAUUGGACCCUCGGCGGUUCUUUUUGCUCCUUUACUGUACUUGGGCUCAGAGUCCCCGCUGGGUUUGUAUUACGUCUGGCCAGGGACUGGGUUUCUCAUCUUUCUCCAGGGCCUGGGGCGUAGAUCUUGGAAACUGCAGAGCAAGGAUCAGAUCCCAGAGCCUUAACUAAUGGAUUUUGUUGCGCUGUGACCUUGGCAGAGCGGUCUGCUGCCGCCUCUUGUCCUGGUGUGUGUGGUGAUGCCCACUGGGCAUUACCCGGAGAGAAGUGAACCCCGGAGCCCGCCCCGACAGGCCUCUACCCCGCGGUAAACCCACUUGCUGUUUCUGUUUCUGAUUUACCUUGUUUGCCUUCUUUGCACCAGCAAAUCCCCAGUAUUCACCCAGGCAACUUGAGGGCCUGCCUGGGGACCCAUGAGCCAUGUCCUCCAAGCUUAGGGAGCUCCCUGAUGACCUACAGUAUUUGGUAUAUGACCACUCUCAUCCCAGCAGGCUUCCCCGGAGGCUGCGCGCGCCCCUGCCCCCCGGAGCCCGGGUCCAUCUGCCCUCCCACCAUCCUGCCAAGGGCUGGGGCCGGCCUGGCUGGGGCCUUUGGGAAGGCGACGCUGACGUCGCUCCCAGUGGGGCAUCUAGGUGGCCCUGAAUCUCUUCCUACCUCACAGGGAUGUUGUGAGACUUUAGACGGGAGGAGGACAAAGGUUCCCUGAGCUCUUGGUAGGCAAGGUGGAGUAAGUAUCAGGUGUGAUCUAGACACAGAUGAAAUUCCGCCUGCUGCUGCGGCGGACAAGCUCGUGCCAUGUGGCCUUUCUCGGUCCCCCGGGCCACCUGCAGCCCCAGCCCCCUUGAGGCCACCCUGAGGGACUUUCAGAUGUUCGACAUUAGAGGUACCAGGCAAAGCCCUACGACGUGCCCUGAACGAAUUGCUGAGCGUCAGAAGAAAUGGACCGUGCUAUCGAGGAUGUACAAACGUAUGUCUGCAUUGAUGUCUGUACUGUAAAUUUCUAAUUUAUCACUGUAUAAAAAAAAAUAAACUUUGCUAUUUAAUUUUUGUAUUAAAGGAAAAUAAAGUUUUGUUUAUUA